AUGCCUUCUCCUUCAGACUAUCAUCAAACUAGCCUCCCUACAACAAAUGCUUGGCAAGAAUCCAACAAGACCUUAGAUGAAGAUAGAAACGCCUGGUCCUCCAGCCCUACGCCACAUCAAAACGCCUAUCAAUACACAGGCACUGCCUAUGGCAAUACCGCCACUGGUUCAGAAAACGUCUAUUCCCCUCAGCCUGCUGCUGCAACCAUCAAUGAACAAAGUCAUAAAAUUGAAACUCCUAUGGCAGUAUCGGAUAAUGAGGCAACCUAUAAUAAUAAACACACAAGUUUGUAUUCCAAAAUAAGAUUCUAUAUUCGUAUUGCUUUACUGAUUGCGGGUAUUGGACAUCUUGGUUUUGCGGCUGGUGCGUCUCCUUAUUCAAAUGUGGAGGUGCCAUUUGAUUCUAAAGCCUGCUUCUAUUACCUAUUUGCCGUCGUAAGUUGG